AUGCUCCGUAGGCUUCUAUCAGGCACCGUCGUCUCGGCAGCGCCGAGAGCGAACGGGGACGAUUACACGUCGAAUAGCAGAGUCAAAGUCAGCUCGUUCACCUUUGCGAAACUUCACCUCACCAGUUCACCCCUAGAAUCGUCGCGGCGCAACACAAGCACACAACCGGGUACCACCGACGACGACCUUCGGGUACCGACACCAUCAACAAUGCCAUCACAUCAAUCCGAGAGCAGUCCCGAGGCCGAUCCCGCCAUGGCCGACAGCUGGAGUCUGUAUGAAGACGCAAAGCUGAACCGCGAGUACACCCUCGUCGACAACGACGACACCGAGGAACCCGGGUACCACAUCGUUCCCGACCUUCGUACAAUCCUGGUCGAGAAGAACCCAAAGAAACCUCCUCACCCCCUCGACUACUACGCCGACGACCGCAGCUUCAUCAGGAAGCUCGCAGAACGCAUGGAAUAUUGGGUGACCGACCCGGCCGCACGCCUCAGGGGCGGCAAGCAACGAGCAUCCGGCGAACGCAGCGACGAAAACCGGGCACUGCAAAAGCAGACCGAAGACGCAACCUGGGUCGACAACAUCAAGAACGACAUAAGGUGUUUGUGGGACAACAUGGGCAUCGGUCAAGACCUUCUCGAUGAUGAGCUGCAGCGUUUGAGAGUCGCGUUCUUUGCUGAGUGCAGAGAAACUUUGGAGAAGGUUGAGGAUGAGGGCCAUGGUGUCGGCCUGGCCGAGUUCCAGACUGUGGUCCGUACUCUGCUGGUCGGACAUGACUUGAAGCUUUCAGCAGAUGGUAUCAAGAUCAUGAAGGAGAUGGCCACCGACAAGCAAAUCCUGCAAAACCAACACAGUUUUACCUUCGAAGAACAAAGAGACAUCGGCAAGUUUGCUGUCCAGAUGAUGGCCCGUUUGUCUAGAUGGGAACACGACCUGCUCCGCAAUCGCCUGCUCUCCAAGCUGACUCCUGAGCAAAGACAAAUCUACGUUCGUCAUCAGCUAGAUCCCGUUCAUCGUCACUUCAACAACCGCGCCAUCCAGUCGUUUGCCAGAGGAAAGAAAAAGCUGAUGGAAGAAGAACUGAUGAAGCUCGUGGAAGAGGAGAAGGCGCGAUUCAGGAAGCUCCGGUUGGAAGACCUGGAGCGUCAACAGAACCAUCAUGAAGAACAGGUGGAACUUCUCAGGGAACAGCUGGAGCGUCAGAAAUACUGA